AAAAGCCAAACAUGAAGCUGCUGGUCAUAAUUGUUUUGCACAAUUACGAACAGUAUUGGAAAUCUGUGUUCUCGGCGUUCUCUUGAGAACACAAAUUCUCCAGCGAGAACACUCGAAAACAAAUGUGUUCCUUAUUGAGAACACAAAUGUUGCAAAUUGUAUAUUAGCGUUCGUGAGAACAGAAGAGGUGAUGAGAGCAUCAAAUUUGGAAUUUUUCGAAAAUUCUGCGGUUGUACAAUCUCAAGAAUUCUGGCGCAAUCUUUCAAUUCCUAAAGAAGAAAAUGAUCUGCUUUUCUAUAACGAUACUUCAAAAGUCAAAGAUGACACCGAUAGAAAUCUUUGA